CAUCAGCACAUAACGCGCGCGCGGCCGUACAUACGUAUCCGCUUCUGGGCUUUUAUUUUCCGCACAGUGAGGAGGAGGAAAUGUUACCGGAGUCCCGGUCAUAGGCGCUGCAGCAGGCAGACACGAGGAGUACCGCGCGUACCGGUGUACAGGAUACUCAUCUGUCCUAUAGAAUAAAACCUGAAUAACCCGGACUGAGCAAGGCAGAAUGGAGUGACCGACACGAGAUGGACAUCUGGAAUUUGGUCUCAUAACCAUCCCUUAUUGAGGAAUUUUAGUGGGAAUCCUUGCCUUGAAGGCCUGGAGCUCCUUGUAUCUGGGUCUGCACUGCUGCUGCUUCCUCGUUUUACCUCAUCACGCCUUGCCUCGGCCUUCUUUCUCUUUCCACGCUGCUGUGCGAGCUCUCACUCUGUUGUUCCGGGGGACACUCAGUGGUCACCAUGUCCUCCAAAGCUCCCAUCUACCUGAAGCGCAGGAGCCGCAAAGGCAAGAAGGAGAAGCUGCGAGACCUUCUUUCGUCUGACAUGAUCAGCCCUCCGUUGGGUGACUUUCGCCACACCAUUCACAUAGGGAGCGGCUCUGGCGGUGACAACCUCUUUGGCGACCUUUCCUUCCUCCAAGGCAAGUUUCACCUGUUACCCGGGCAACAAGGUCAGCAAGGCGCAAUCCAGUGGAGCUGCCCUGCCACCGAGACCUCGCCGCUGCUCAAGAAUGCUCUCUCGCUCCCUGUUAUUGGAGGAGUCCAGGCGCUCACGCUUCCAUCCUCGGUGCCUGUUGCAUCGCAGCCUCUUGCCCCUGCCAUGGCUCCACCCCCAAAACCUCCCAGACUGCACCUGGAGUCACCUCACACGUCACUCCCUGGCUCCCCGAAGCGGUCGCCUGAUCACAAACAGCCUUGCAUAGGAAAAGAUGAAAAAGGGGAGGAAAAGCCAGUCAAGAAAGACGACGAGUCAACGUAUCUGUCUCACGCUGGCUCCCUGCUCUCGCUCCACUUGGACCUGGGGCCAUCCAUUCUAGAGGACGUCCUACAGAUCAUGGACACCCAGAGAAUGGGAGGUAUCAGCGGAGGAUUCGUGCCAAGUGGACGACAAGAGGUCUACACCUAAGACAGACCUUCUUUAACAAUAUAUCUUGUUCCCUCUUUUUAUUGCCGUGAGUGCUGGAUCGAACAGUAACUUUUCUGUUUGUCCUUGAAAUUGUUCUCUUUCACACAGGGAGUGUUCAAGGCUGCAGAGAAAUUGUUUAAAAAAAAACAAAACUGACACCUUUUAUGACUUCCUGGUCUUCCUUCUCACUUUCCUGAGCCACUGAUUAAAUAUUAAUCCAUCUUUCAGCCCGGACUGCAGCUCCUGACGUAGCGUGUUUGUCUGGAGCGGGUUUUUGUUCGUCGAGGGAUUAAAUUUUCAGGAGAAGAAAAACGAUCUCUUGCUCAGCACUGAGAAUGACAUCACCUUUCUCCUCGGUGGUGUUUCCAAUUAUUGAACAAAUACACUUUUUUUUUUUUGGUUUUGCUUUAAUAGAGGAGCUCACGUUAUGUCCAAGAACUACGAAUAAGGAAAGGUAUCUUUGUUUAAAGAGCAAGAAAAAAAGCCUGAGUAUGUCUUCCAUCUCGGUGGAGUUGUGAAAAGACUUGGAACGUUGCACCUUUUGGCUGUACUGGAUGUUUCUGCACUCCCUCAGGCUGGGACAGUUGAUCCCUGUUUUCAGUUGGAUCCUUUUUUAGAUGGAGGUGUGAGGAUCAGUUUAUCACAGAAACCACAGCUCGGGUUCACUUUUUUUUAUACCCGGCCCCAGGAGACGUUUUUUACUUUAGCGUAUUCGGGCAUUAAGAGAUGAAUUCCACAGAGUUUUUUUUUUUAAACGUCGGCUUGAUGAGAAGUAAUUAAGGUCCUGCAGCGGAAGGUUCUAGACUCUUUACACUAUUAAAAAAAAGUGGGAAAAAAAGUUCUCCAGGAAAACAUUCGUAUCCUGUGUUUUGCUCUCGUGUGGAAAAAGGAAGAAAGCGAUCUAAAACGAAACUGUAAAUGACGACAGACGUGACCGGUCGUUCAGUUAGGACUAAAGGACGUGGAGAAAUAAUGCAGACUUCUGAAACUUAAAAAAAAAAGUGAAAAAUGAUGCAAUAAAUUCUGUUUUCUACUGUAAGUCAUGAGUCUUUCAGCACGUGUCAUCUCUGAAAUCGGAUCUUCACACCUGAAAGCUCCGGGUUACAUAACUUUGUUCUCUGAAAAGGUCUUUAACGGCUUAGUCGUUAGCGGUAGGUGUGGUCGGGUCGUUCGGUUGGAAGGUCCAGAGGUCGUUAGUUGUACUUUAGUGUUCAUAAAUAAAUAAAUUAAUAAAUAAAAAUCUCUGGACGGUUUUUUUUUUUGCACACCCUGACACUUAAUAAAUGAUAAAAAGUACAUUGGGACAUAUCACAGCUUAAUCGUAUAGGGGCGGGGCUUGACCUCUGUGGGCGUCGCUCAGGGUCAAGAUAUCUAUGAGGUAGCUUUAGGACAAGGCUGUGAGGGAUAGAUAAGUCUGCGGUUAGGGCGUUUUAAAAUUAUUAGUAAGUGCUAUGAUGGUUUUGUCAAAGCAAGGGUAAUUGUAGCGUCACUAGUGACCUUGUUAGCGACCGUCCAUUCCAGAAAUUUCCUCAGAGGGGUCUGAAUGUAAAUACGGCAAAGGUCGGGAGAGAUAAAAGGCGUUUAGACAGCAGAUUAGAAAUGCGUGCGCACCACAGUGACCACCACGUGGAGACGGAAGCAUCCUUCUGAGACCGUCAGUGCGCAUCAUUUGGAUGCUGGUUCGUGUCAUUUACGUUCACAUUUAACCCGAAGCUAACAGCCGAAGGUGAAACACAGAAACAAAUGAGAUGCCAGUAAACAUGUUCUCGGUAACGCCAUCAAUCAUUUAGGUUCAUUUGGUUGUGUUUUAAUAUAUUUGCUGAAUCAACUAACUACAAAUCCAACGAAUACUGCAAAAAAUCUGUGGAAUUCCUCUUUAAGGCUUUAGCGCGUGUAAGAGACAGGGUGAAGAGCGAGGUCAUGUGACACCUGAUGUACUUUAAGUCAACAGACAGUAGAUCAUUACUAUAUUAACCCAGGCACGGUUGAAAUCUUUAAAGGAGCUACGUUAAAGGAUGUUCCGGCUCACAGCCUCACUGCUAUAACUUCCUGCUACGUGACGAACACUAGACUGUUAGCAAUAACAGAUAAUAGCAACAUAUUAUUAUUAUUAUUAUUAUUAUUAUUAUUAUUAGUGCUACAUCUUGUCAAGAGGGCCUCGGGGCCUCGUUAGUCAUGGUGACAUUACACCGAAGAUUUCCAGCGCUCUCUUCAUCUUCUCGCGAUUAAGCUCAGCGAGACUGUCCUGUACUCGUCCACAGACUGGACUAUUAUGGGAUAGGAGAUGCAGAGAGGCCAUUUUUAGUCACGCACAAACACUUUUCUCUUCGUGAUUAGAUGUUCGGAAGUAAAGGACACAUCGUGAGGCAAGCUAGCAUGAUAGCAGCUGCUGUGUGAGUGUGUGUAUGUGUGUGUGUGUGUGUGUGUGUGUGUGUGUGUGUGUGUGUGUUUGUGUAUGUGUGUGCGAGUGUGUGUGUGAGUGAGAGAGAGACAGUAACUAUGGUUGUGUUGUCAUAAAUCCACAGAGGCCUUGAGGAGUGAAGCAUCACGGAAGGGAGGAAAGGAGAGUCGGCAGCUUGUGUGUUCCUUUUUUCGCUUUCUGUGAAAAAAUCCUGACAAUGUGCCUUCUCUCUCUCUCUCUCUCUCUCUCUCUCUCUCUCUCUCUCUCUCUCUCUCUCUCUCUCUCUCUGUAAAUUGUAAUGUCAUUUAUUUAUUGUCAGAUUUAUAAAAUUGAAAAAUGACUCGCCUAAAGCUUAAUCUGUAGCCUCGCUACCGAUUGUACAGAAACCUCUCUCUCUCUCUCUCUCUCUCUCUCUCUCUCUCUCUCUCUCUCUCUCUCUCUCUCUCUCUCUUUCUCUCUUUCUCUCAGUUCAUGUGAAGAGGUGAUUUGUGCAUCUGAUUGAAUAAUGAAAAUUCUAUAGUUAGAUCUUGUUAUAAAAUAAUAUCAAUAAAUAUUUCAUAU